UUAGACUGAACGCAGGUCCUCCGCUCCGCUCGGCUCCGCUCGGCCCUGCACCCGCGUGCUUUCGGGGCAAAAAGAAGACAUAUUUAAACAUUCAUUCAAUAGUCAACGAUGAGCGCUAGAUACAGACAUGCGACAACCGUUCGGCGGCGCGUCGGAGUGAAAGUGCGGUCUGUUAGAUGUUUCAUCGAGUAGUUUAUGACGGAUCCGGACACCUCCCCAUACACGGUGAAUUGGGCUACACGGCGCUUUUGGGGCCGAUCACCGGCCUCGAGUGCGCAACGCUGACCGGGAAAGGCGACCACGGCGGGGCUGGGCCGGCGCGGCCUAGCGGGCUGCGGAGCGACUGGGCGGAGCGGCUAGCUAGUUAGCAACGAGCUAACAUACUACAGUGCUGCCAGCUAGUGGAUUUUUUUUUUCUUUUUUUUUUUUUUUUUUUUUUUUUUAAAACGCGCGUCAGCUUGCUGAGCUGGCCUUUAAGUUUGUUUUAAAUGGUUCAGUGGAACCAUAGCACGUUUCACGCGAGUUUAACUCCCAGCGCGUGAAAUUACUGGCAAGCUAAUUUGUCUUUCUGCAUAGUCUAGACUAGCUAGGUAGCUGCUGCUAGGUAGCUACUAGCUGACUGUCAGCUUCCCCCGCCUGCCUCAGGCUCGACAACUGCUGUCAACUUAACUGGGACAGGAGGACAGGUAGAGGUGUCAAGAUGGAGCGAACGGACAGCAUCCAGCUGGAUAUUCCAGACUUCAGCAACUCGGUGCUGUCCCACCUGAACCAGCUGCGCAUGCAGGGCCGCCUCUGCGACAUAGUGGUGAACGUUCAGGGCCAGAGCUUCCGCGCGCACAAGGUGGUCCUGGCCGCCAGCUCGCCAUACUUCCGAGACCACAUGUCGCUGAGCGAGAUGAGCACCGUGUCCAUCGCCGUGAUCCGCAACCCUUCCGUGUUCGAGCAGCUCCUCUCCUUCUGCUACACGGGGCGCCUCUGCCUGCAGCUGGCCGACAUCAUCAGCUACCUAACGGCGGCCAGCUUCCUGCAGAUGCAGCACAUCAUCGACCGCUGCACGCAGAUCCUCGAGGGCAUCCACUUCAAAAUCAGCCUCGCUGACGUCGAGGCCGAGCUGGGAGGCGGCGAACAGUCUCACAGGGGAGGCGGCCGGGGACUGGAGUCGGGGAAAGCCGUGGCGGGUCCGGGUUCGGCGGCUACAGGGUCGCGCUCCAUCAGCCCGCGGCACGGCAGCCACCGUGCGAUGAACACGCGACGUGCCGCGGGAACCGUCGAUGUUCGGGACUUGAGAGAGGUGCGGGAGGUGAGCCCUCCGGGGGAAUCCAUGAGCCCCCAGAUCGUGGAGCACAGUAGCUCGGGACCCGGAGGGCUCUGUGGGCCGGGUGGCGUCGGGACGAAAGAGCCCAUACUGCGCAUCAAUCGGGCCGGGCAGUGGUACGUGGAGACCGGGCCGGAGGCGGGCCGCGGGAACGACGAGGGCGUGCGUGUGGUGGAGGGGAUGCGGAUCAAGACGGAGCGCCUGGAGGAGUGGAUGGGUGUGGAGACCCAGGCGUCCGGGGAAGAAGGGAGCAGCGCGGAGGAGGUGGCCGCGAUGAUGAUUGAUACUACAGGGCACAGAAACCUGGGCCAUGAAGGCUUUGCGGCGGCGGCAGCCCCUGGGCAAAAGAGCUCGCAGCCCUCGAGCAGUAUCAGCGAAAGAGACAGGUUUAGCCCGACUGGUAGUGUGGUGGUGACAGCUGAGCGCCAAAGAGCCAAGAGUGAGUCUCCAGGAAGAGUGGAUGACCAGAGACAGCCCACCUCUCAGGGGGAGGAGCAGGCCGUGUUUGACAUGGGAGGGUACGAGGAGUACCUGCGGGAGCAAGUGGGAGACCGCUGGUUCCGCUACAACCCACGCCUCACCUGCAUCUACUGCUGCAAGUCCUUCAACCAGAAGGGCAGCCUGGACCGACACAUGCGGCUGCACAUGGGCAUCACGCCGUUCGCCUGCCGCAUCUGCGGAAAGAAGUACACGCGCAAGGACCAGCUCGAGUACCACAUCCGCAAGCACACGGGAAACAAGCCCUUCCACUGCCACGUCUGCGGCAAGAGCUUCCCCUUCCAGGCCAUCCUCAAUCAGCACUUCCGCAAAAACCACCCGGGCUGCGCCCCUCAGGAGGGCUCCCAUAGCGCCUCCCCCGAGACCACCACCACCGUCAGCUCCCGCGGCGGGCCCAACGAGGACGAGUCGUCCAGCCAGGAGGACGCGGGCGGGGGCAGCGGCGGGGACGCGAACUCCUUCGGGGAGGCCGUGCAGCCCUCCGUGUCCACCACUGGCCCAGACUGACCGGGGAGGGUGGAGCGGCAGUCGGCGGGCACAGCGACCGGGGAGGGGGACAAGGGCAGCGGGUCGCUCAACGGCGACCCCCUGCUUUCGAGGUACCGCAAGUGCAUCCGCCUGUCCCCCGUUCUGUGCUCUCCAGUUGACGGAUCGUUUGAGAUUUGAUGGGUGGCCGAUGGAAAGCGGGUGGAUUAGUUUAAUGUUGUUUCGGGGUAAUUUGUGGAUUUGCUUUUCCUGAAUAUAGGAGAAAAAGGGAAGAUCCAAAAUAUUGACUUUUGCAUGUCACAGAUAUUUUAUAAGAGAUUAUUUUGCUUUCAGUCAUCAGUUUCUGGUCAGACAGACUUAAAAUGUUACAGUAAACAUUUUUACAGUUGUUAUUUAUAAAUUUAUAUUUCAA